AAUCAUCGAUAAAUUUUAGAUUUGUUGUUUUCUCUGGGGGAUGCGAAAAAAAUUCGAUUUUCUUUUUGGGUCAAGAGAUCUUGCAAAUAAAUAUGGCUCUAUUGGCCCAGUCAUUCUGGCCUGUGUUGGACACAAAUCGCCUGCAAAAAUACAAAUACUGAAGUUUAUCAAAUUACCAACAGUCUUCUAAAAGGAUGAGUAGUGGAAUGAGGAUGACAGAAUGGUUGGUUUCUGUAGCAGAGGUUUCUAAUCUUGUUUCUUUCCUGGCAGUGCUCAUCUCCUUCACCGUGAUGUUCUUCUUCAUCAUCAAGCUCAUCGGACAGGAUCUUAUAGAAGGAGGAGGACUAACUAGGGUAACUCAUGCUCCACCUAGAAUAAAUUUUACCAAAGUGUGUCUUCCAUUCCGAGUUAAACUAAUAGGGGUCAAGGAGCCAUACAGAAUAGAAGUGAGUAUAAGUUCGGUGAGCGUAGGUCAGAUGCGUGUAUUCUGGGGGGUCGAUAUUCAAUCUUUUCAUCAGGUUCUAAGGGCCCCUAAGGACUGGUUUUUAUCAGCGUAUACUCACGGGAAUCUGUUCGGACAGGAUAAAUGCAUGGAGCUAGGAAAAAUAGAACAAAUUGAUAAGAUGGAUGACAGAUUAGUGACACUUACGAAACCCACAGAUGCUCCUUUAGAAUUAGGGCCUGCACCUCGAGAUGUUUAUCCUUGUGUUCUUGUCCUUCAAGCAGAUCAGGAGACUAUCCUUACAGUUAUUCAUGUACAGGACUUACAGUGUACAGUUCCUAGCCAGAUUCUAUCUGAAUAUUAUAAGAGUGGGUCUAGUUCAACCUUACUUCAGUCAGUUUAUCUCGCUGCCUCGGAUAUAGGAGAAAGUUCAGACACGGAGAGUCAAGCAGAGACAGAUGCUGAAGAAAUGACAGGUGUGUACGGUAGGGCCGGUGCUCGGUGUAUAAUCUGUCAACAGAGUUAUAUUACAAGGGUUGUUCUUCCUUGCAGGCAUGCUACUUCAUGCAGCAAGUGUUUUAAAAGAUUGCAGAACUGUCCGAUGUGUCGCGGAUUUAUCCACUCUUAUUUUCUAAUUGGAUCUGAACCUAGAGAAGACGACAUUUCAGUUCCAACUGAUAAUCACCAGGAAUCCAGGGGGUUCAGAGAUUUCAUUAGAAGAAUUCGUUUUUGGACUGCUGGACCUCUCGUCAUGAAUGACAACGAUUAGUUUUAGCUUCUUUUAACAAAUUUAUUUAUAAUCAAUUUCACAUUCGUCAUGCAAUUGCAGUGUUAUAAUCUAUAAAUUCGAUCUCCGUGAUAUCUCUGAGACAGAGUGCAUCAUCACAAGAACAAAAACUUUCAGUGAUAAAAUCUGUUUUUUAGUUACGCAAAAACUGGCAAUUCUAAAACUCAUUUAAAAUUAAUAUCUUGAGCAGCCAACCCCGUUUAGUAAAGCUUUUUUUCAGUCACAAAAUUCGGCCCUUUGGUAGAAAAGAAUUAAGUGCUUUUUUUAAAUCAGAGAAGGAAGUAUUGUAAAGUUAAAUUUUUUUAAAUUGCUCUAGCAUUGAAUACCAAAACCUGACCUUAUGUUCUUUAAUUCCUAAGCUCAAAA